ACCAUCUCUUUAGGUUUGCUCUUGAGUUAUUCUAGGGCUUAGCUUUUGAAGGGGACUCUUGGCUUCAAUCGCGUACAGGAUUUGAUGAUAGUGAAGGGGACCGAAGGUGGACGAGCAGCUGAAUUAGUUGCUCUGCAGGUGUGAGAGAUACCGGAGAGAUUUGGUGCGGGGAAGAGGAAGAGGACGGUGCAACGAUGGUUUGCAUACGGCAAGCAACCGUAGACGACCUGCUGGCAAUGCAGAGUUGCAAUUUGAUGUGUUUGCCGGAGAAUUACCAAAUGAAGUAUUACUUCUAUCAUAUUUUGUCGUGGCCGCAGCUGCUCUAUGUUGCAGAGGAUUACAACAAGAAGAUAGUCGGAUACGUGCUGGCCAAGAUGGAGGAGGACGCGGAGGAAUGCCACGGGCAUAUCACUUCGCUGGCUGUGUUGCGGACACACCGUAAGUUAGGGCUGGCUACGAAGCUCAUGACUGCGGCGCAGCAGUGCAUGCAGGAGGUGUUUGGGGCGGAGUAUGUGUCGUUGCAUGUGCGCAAGAGCAACCGUGCCGCAUUUCACUUGUACACGGAGACGUUGGGGUAUAGGAUUACGGAUGUUGAGGCCAAGUAUUAUGCGGAUGGGGAGGAUGCCUAUGACAUGCGGAAGACCUUGAAACCUGGCAAGGCUGAUAAUUCGUUCUCAGGUGUGGACUCAAAGGUGGAUUCCAAGUCUGACUUAAAGGCUGAUUCAAAGUCUUAGUGCAGUUCUUCAAAAUUUUUGGGUUCAGAAGUCUUGUAAGGAGGCUGCACUCAUUGCUCCUCUACUAUGUUUUUUCGUAGAGUAACGAAACUAUGGGAUCCAAAUUUUAGGCUAGAUAUGGAUGUAAGGGGAGGAACCGAACCGUUGUCCAUUUCGUGGCUAAUCUGACAAUUGUUGUUCUUGUACUUGUGUCGUCUGCUAACGAUUGCGGGUGUUCCAUA